CAUCUCAGCCGGCUAGCCCAACAAACAACGGACGCAGGGGACACUGGGACAGCCGGCUUACCACCGAGCCCCUGCUCGCCCCCGACCUCGGCCGCUCGACUCCCGAUCUUGCGCCGCCUGCCUCGCCGUCGCUAGACGCCUAGGAGCCGCCGCGCCACCGCGCCCCCCUGGCGCCCCUGCUAGUCGGCGCCUGCCGCUCAGUCCGCUCUCCGCCGACUCCGGCAGCAAGCCAGCAGUCCUGCCCGGCGUUCAGCCUUUAGCCCGGUUUGAGGACUUGAGUUGAGGUGGACCACCCUGUUUUAAAAUCUUAGAUCCUCCACUGGGUACGAGAAGAGGAGAUGGUGUUUGGACAGGUUGUGAUCGGGCCACCAGGCUCCGGCAAGACCACCUACUGCAACGGCAUGUCCCAGUUCCUCUCCCUCGUAGGAAGGAAAGUUGCGGUCAUCAAUCUCGACCCCGCGAAUGAUGCAUUGCCAUAUGAAUGUGCCAUCAACAUUGAGGACCUCAUAAAGCUUAGUGAUGUCAUGUCUGAGCAUUCGCUUGGUCCUAAUGGAGGGCUUGUGUAUUGCAUGGAUUACUUGGAGAUGAAUAUUGACUGGCUUGAAGAGAAACUGAAACCUCUUAUUGAAGAUCACUAUUUUUUAUUUGAUUUCCCGGGGCAAGUGGAACUUUUCUCCCUUCACACAAAUGCAAGGAAUAUCAUCAAUAAACUCAUCAAAAAGCUAGACUUGCGGCUGACUGCUGUGCACCUUGUUGAUGCUCAUUUAUGUUGUGAUCCUGGGAAGUAUGUGAGUGCUUUGCUUCUUUCACUAUCAACAAUGUUACACUUGGAGCUACCACACAUCAAUGUUUUAUCAAAGAUUGACCUUAUUGAGAACUAUGGAAAUUUAGCAUUCAACCUUGACUUCUACACUGAUGUCCAAGACCUGUCCUAUUUGCAAUACCAUCUUGAUCAAGAUCCUCGUUCUGCCAAGUACAGGAAACUUACGAAAGAGCUAUGUGAUGUGAUUGAUGAUUUUAGCUUAGUCAAUUUUUCGACUUUGGACAUCCAGGACAAGGAAAGUGUUGGUAAUCUUGUGAAGUUGAUUGACAAGAGCAAUGGCUAUAUAUUCUCUUCCAUAGACAGCAGUGCCGUUGAGUUCAGCAAAAUCGCGGCUGCGCCUCUUGACUGGGACUACUACAGAACAGCGGCGGUGCAGGAGAAGUACAUGAAAGAUGAUGAGAUCGUUCAGAAAACAAGCGGGAUGCAAUGAGAUCGGCGUUCACUGGCGUGAGCUGCUGGUUAAACGUGUCACUGGUGUAGACUAUGGCAGUAUGCUGUGAAACUAUAUGGCAAGUAUACUUGUUUCUCUUGACUUGGGUGAUUUCAAGUGUGUAGGACUAGUAGAAACUUCCCAGUUCAGCAGCACCUGUACCUUGGUCUCGUCGUCGGUCUGAAACUUCCCAGUUCAGCAGCACCUGUACCUUGGUCUCGUCGUCGGGGUCUGUAUUUCUGUGCUUCGCUAGAGUGGACGGUCUGCAAUUUUGUAAUGGGCCCCCAACCGUUUAGCCGUUGACCUUUCGUUUCCA